UGUAUGAUGACGCGCACACGUACUGACACAACCACUGACGGUUAGUUUUUGGAAGUAUCCCACAGUAUUUGGAAGUAUUUGAUGAUCAGCACUGCUGGCACUGUGGGUAAAUGGAAGGCAAUGGCACGUCCAUCUUUACCUUCUUCAUUGGACUCCACAUUACCUGGGAUAUCUCGAGAAGUGCUGUCUGUGUCCAUGGAACCAAAAUAUCAAUGUCAGCAGUGCAAAGAGAUUCUUAGGAAACCUUUCCAAGCACAGUGUGGACAUCGCUUCUGUGUGUUCUGUUUCAAACAACUCACCAGCUCGGGGCCCAUACCCUGCAAAACUUGUCGUGCUGAGGGUAUAUUUGAAGAGGCAAUGUCUAUGCUCAAUAUUGCAGUGGCGUUUCCUGAUAAUGCAGCACGAAGGGAAAUUGAUAGCUUGCCAGCCAAAUGCCAAAAUGAUGGAUGUAGUUGGUCUGGAACACUGAAAGAGUAUGAGGGUCAGCAUGAAGGUCGUUGUGACUUUGAACGUGUAAAAUGUGAAGCAUGUCAAGCACUCAUCUUGGUCAGUGAGAAAGACCGCCACAAUGAGCGGGAAUGCGAGGCCAGAACCCUGAACUGCAAAUACUGCAAGGUCACAUUCAACUUCAAAGAAAUUAAGGCCCAUGACGAAAUAUGUCAGAAAUUCCCCAUGCAAUGCAAAGACUGUGGUAAAAAGAAAAUCCCCAGAGAGAAGUUUCAAGAGCACAUCAAGUCUUGUGCAAAGUCUAAGUCGGCGUGCCAGUUCAGUGAAAUUGGCUGCAGGGCAGUGGUUGACAAUGGUAAGCAGCAGGAGCAUGAGCAGACCAGCAUGACGGAACAUUUGCAUCUCAUGCUAGCCGUGCUGUCCUCUGUGCGCCUGCGGGCCGAGGGUGCUGGAGAGUUGCAGGAAGAUUCCGGACUGGGAUUGUAUCGCGGACCUGAAGACGCAUCUCCAGUGGGGGCUCAUGCUGCUGGCCAUAAUGCACCAAGAGGAGUCGGUCCUGGUGUACAGCAGAAAGUCACAGCUUUGGAGAACAUAGUGUGUGUGUUGAACAGGGAGGUGGAGCGCUCGGCCCUCACCCUGGAGGCACUAUCUCGUCAACAUCGGUUAGAUCAGGAAAAGAUAGAGAACUUGUCAAACAAGGUACGACAGCUAGAACAGACUUUAACGAUGCGAGAUCUUCAGUUAGCAGAAUCAGAGCAGUCCUUGCGGGAGCUGCAGUUUUGUACAUACGAUGGAGUUUUCAUUUGGAAAAUUGCAGACUUCUCUCGUCGCAGACAAGACGCAGUGGGGGGCCGGGCACCUGCCAUGUUCUCACCUGCGUUCUACUCCAGUAAAUAUGGGUAUAAGAUGUGUCUGAGACUCUACCUGAACGGUGACGGCACAGGCCGGGGCACUCAUCUUUCUCUAUUCUUUGUGGUCAUGAGGGGCAAAUAUGAUGCAUUGCUGAAGUGGCCCUUUAGCCAGAAGGUGACAUUGAUGUUGUUGGACCAGAACAACAGAGAGCACAUCAUUGAUGCUUUUAGGCCUGACGUGAGCUCCACAUCCUUCCAGAGACCCAUCAGUGAGAUGAACAUAGCCAGUGGUUGUCCUCUAUUCUGCCCUCUAGCCAAGCUGGCAGGCAAAAGCUCAUAUCUGAGAGAUGACACCAUAUUUAUUAAAGCCAUAGUCGACCUCACCGGCUUAUAAAGCACUGGAAUUACUCAUAAUAAUAAUAAUUGAUGAUAUUAUUAUUAUUAUUAUUAUUAUUAUUAUAUCUCCGCUGCGGAAGCCAAACAAUUUAAAUAUGAUAUAAUAUAAAUAAUAAUAUAAAUGAUAAUAACAUUAUAUUUAUAUAUUGAUUUAUUUGGAGACAUAUAAAUUAAAUUAUAGCAAUAUUAUUAUGUGCAUGUGUGGAGUGGCUGUGCUCAAACAGACUUCCACACUCAAUAUAACUCAAUAUUUAAAACACAAUAUUUAUUAUAAUACAUAUUUAUAUAAUACACAUUAGUACACAUUAUAUUUUAAUAUUUUAACUAUACCUUCUUUUAGUAUUGUAUGCAAUACAGAAAUAUGACUUAUAUGUUCCGUGACAUUAAGGUUUGGUUAUUUUAUGGAUAUACUGUACUUGUAGCAGUUUUUUUCAUGUUGUUAAAUAUGGGAUGUCAUCAGGAUGCUAAAUGCAUCUUUAAACACAUGUUUAGGGGCUUGAACACUUUUGCUGGAAGUAUAGUGUAAGUAUAUAAAUAGCUACAUGUAAGUCACCAGUCUGCUUUUAUUUUACUAACUUCACUAGCUUAAUAAUAGAGAACCUGUGAAACCUAUUCGAGAAGCUGUGUGAAUCAUUCAGCUUAUAGAAAUGAAUCAUUGUGUUGUUUGUUCUUUUAAAGAAGCUCUUGGAUACAGCAUGUGCAUGAGGCUGCAAUAUUUUCAAUCUCACUUAGAAAAAGUCAGAAACCUUAGCAGGACUGAAAAUACAUCUUGACUACCCAGUGCAUAGAUUCACUGUAUUACUGGCCCAUUUGUAAACAUCAUCUGAUCUUGGGUCCGGCUCUUUUUGUUUGGGCUUGAGCAUUAAAUGGCUUCAUAUUAUAAGAGAUGUAGAUGUUUAAUCCGCUUCAAACCCUUAUAAAAGGUACCGGCAUUUUUUCUGUAACAUCAUUAUACACUAGGUUAGCAUGUUUUCUGAGUCAAAGGAUGAAUUAGAUGCAGUAUAAAUCCUGCUGCUGGUAGAUAACACUCCAAGUACUUGUUACUUGGAAUAUUAGAAACAUGGUUGUUUUGGUGGAAAGAGGAAAAAGAGAAAAGCGAGAGAGAAAAAAAUAAUCAAAAAUCUGAUAAAUGUUACACUUUUUAAAAUUAAAUUCUUUACCAUUUAGCUGUCAUUUACUGAUUUGUAUUUUAUCUAUCAAUUAUAUAGCAGAUCAUUCAAGUGGUGAGUAUUUUUAGUAUUUGUUUAGAUAUUAAUAUACACUUUAUUUUAUUAGCAUGAAUUUACAGUACUAGAGAGCUAUAAUACAAUGUGUGGCAAAGUUGCUUGUUUCUUUUCCUGUCAUAUGAGCAGUGCAUCGGGUUCAGUAUCUAAUAAUUCUUAUAUAUGCAAUGCUGUAUGAUUUGUUUGAAAUGCUGUAUAUCCAUUUGUAACAUCAAUAAACAGCUUAUGUGUUCUCUAAA